AUGUUUAAACGCGUCGGUAGAGUUAAAUCCGCUUCCGGCGAAGAAUUGUUUGGUCGUCUCUUCGCAAAUGUUUCGCGCCUUUUCGCCCUCAUCGGAGUGGAUGCUCUGGAUCCCAAGUUCCGUUUUAAACUUCUUACGAUGUACCCGGUGCUGGCAGCACUUAUCGCUGCCACCGAGGUUCUGUACUUUCUCGGGAGCACACGAUCUGACAUGAUUCAGUUUAUGGUCACUUUGCCGUAUGCAAGCUUUGCCACCCAGGGAAUCCAUACGUUGGCACUGACUUUGAUGAACCCCGCGAGCUUCAGCUCACUGCACGCGAAAUCGUACGAGAUAUUUAAGGUGCUCAACGAGAACCACGGCAAUCGAUCGAUCCUGGCCAGGCCACUACGGAUUGGGACGGUGAUCCAAAGCUUGAUGACCACUCUUUACGUAGUUAUUCUGGUGUUCAUACUGUUCUUGCCACUAGCGGCUUGGUGGAUCGCCGGACAGAAAAUUCUCAUACUGCUGUUCCGCUUGCCCGGUGUAGACGAAAGAUGUACGGAAGGAUUCCUAGAAACCAUGGCACUUCACGUGGCCUUGCUUCCAAUAGCUUUUUGUGGAUUCCUUGGAAUCGAUUGCUUGUUUCUGGCACUGAUCGUGCCCGUUGUGGCCUUUGUGGACGCGAUGGCCAACGAAAUGGACGAGUUGAACCAGCUGCUACAGUCACCGGAGUCCAGCCAAGGCCACGAAAUUCGAUCCCAGUUGAUCCGUCUUGUGCAACUGCAUCAACUGUUGAUCAAGUACGAACUAACUCUAGAAGAACACUACAAUGUUGUGGUUUUCGUCAAAAUUGGAGCAAUCGUGUUCGGAAUGAUCAGCACGAUUUUGGUGAUGUUUAAUGUUCGGGAUAUCAUGGCGUUCGUCUUCACAAUCGUCCUGUUUGAACAACUUACGCAAUACUGCCUGCUAGGGGCAGUUAUUAGCUCCAAGAACAAUCAACUGAUCGACCAUCUGUACGACAUCAAGUGGUAUCUGCUACCAGCUGGACAGGCCAAACAUCUCGUGCUGAUGCUGGAACGAGCCCAGAAUGCUCCCACUCUGACCGUUGGAAAGUUUGCUACUCUCAACUUGGAGCUUUACGAUAACAUCAUGAAAAAAGUUUAUUCUUACGUCAUGUUGCUGGCGACUUUUUUGGAACAGUAA